AUGGCGAGAUUCAACUCAUUGUUGCUCGCCCUGAGCGUCGGAUGCCUUGCCACUAGCCUCCCACCCCACCUUCGGGGAGCGGAGAACACCCAACUUGGUUCAUCAUCACCCGCCUGGCGUCUCACACCAACUGGCAGUCAACAGCGAUUUCGUGGUCUAGCCCCUGUAUCGGGUGAUGUGGUUUGGAUUGCUGGCACCAAUGGCACGGUCCUGAAGACUGUGGACGCGGGACGCACCUGGGAGUCUGUCGGGCCCGCACUCGGCCUCGAGGAUGUCGAGUUGCAAUUCCGCGAUGUUGAAGCGUGGUCGGCUGACAGCGCCAUAAUACUGUCAAUUGGCGAGGGCAACGCAUCGCGGAUAUAUGGGACUAAAGAUGGGGGCAAGUCUUGGAGCCUGUCUUUCACGAAUAACGACUCAGCUGCUUUCUACGACUGCCUGGCCUUUGAAACUCCAGAGUACGGCCUGGCCAUGAGCGACCCGGUGGAUGGAAGAUAUAGACUCAUAGAAACAGUCGAUGGGGGCAGCAGCUGGAGCAUCGUGGAUCCCCGCGGCAUGCCGAGUGCUCUGGAUGGGGAGGCUGGCUUUGCAGCGAGCGGUACUUGUCUUUCCACUGCAGCUGGCCGUUGGUACUUGGCUUCAGGAGGGACAAGUGCUGCUCGCAUAUACCGAAGCGCUGAUGGUCACAAGUGGGAUGUCGCAAACAGUUCUAUAGCCGGCGGAUCAGCAGCCGGUGUCUUCUCCGUCGCCUUCAAAGAUGCGCACCGAGGAUUAGCGGUUGGAGGUGACUACGAGGCUCCCAACAAGACUGAGAGCAUCUCGGCAUGGUCUAUCGACGGUGGCGUUACCUGGCAGCCGUCCGACAGGUUUCCUGGGGGCUAUCGAUCUGGGGUCUCGUGGGUGCCAGGCUUCUGCGGAGGAGCCAUUGCAGUCGGCCCAACGGGGUCGGACUUGACUAUUGACGGAGGCAAAACUUGGCAUGCUUUUGACAAUGGCUCUUUCGACAGUAUUGAGUGCGUCGGUGGACACGUCUGUUGGGCUGCCGGUGAAUCAGGAAGAGUAGGGCGUCUCACGCUCGAUUGA